AUGGACAACCCAGAUCUGGAACUCCAGAACAAUCUGACACUCCAGUGUCUGCUAAUGACAUGUGUUCCCUUGCUGAAUGGCCAUCCCAUGCUCGCCGCAACCGUGCACUACUACAGGAUGAAGAAGAAAGGCCGAGAUGUUCUAAAAGGUUUUAAAGCAUCUAAGAAGCGUUUUGCCAAUGGAUCUGCAAAGCUAAAUAUUACAUUCUCUGAAAAAUUGUGUGGUACAGUAGGAAUGAACUAUCGUUCGUUCAAGGACGACGUGGUCGUCAUAAUGAAAAGAAAGUUACCACUCACAGGAGUGAGGACGUGGUCGGACAUUCACCCUACCAUCCACCGACUCAUUGUUGCAGAUAUGAUAGAUAGAUGGGACCUGGAAGAUACACCAGAAACAGAAGAAAAGAUUCUCAAAAUUGCGAAAGAGCGAUAUAGAGGCUGGCGAUCAACUCCAAGCUCCACUUACAAGGCAUACAAAACAGAUGCAGCUAGAUUGGCUAAUCUGCCGGAAGAUUUACAACCAGAAGAGUGGGAAUGGAUGAUUGAGUACUUCGGCACUGAUUCAAAAUUUCAAGUUAUCUAUCUCUAUGAUCACUAUUUGUCUACUAUGUGUAAAGAUGAAAUGGCUAGUCUCAUGUUAUAUUUGGUUUCAAUGAAUUGA